CAGCCGGCCGGAGCCAUGGACGGACACACGGACAGGUGGGCAGGGCAGGGAGGGGACAGCGCCAGGUCGCGCUGCUGGAGGCUGUUCCCGUCCCGCUGGAGCUCGUGGCUGGGAGCCCCCCUGGAGCAGUUGCCCACCCCGGCGCUGAUCCUGGACCGGGCCACGCUGCACGGGAACGCCGAGCGGAUGCGGGAGCGCUGCCGGGCGCUGGGGCUGCGCCUGCGGCCCCACGUCAAAACCCACAAAACGCUGGAAGGGGCGGCUCUGGCCACGGGUGGGACGCGCCGUGGCAUCGUGGUGUCCACGCUGGCCGAGGCGCGGUUCUUCGCGGCCGGCGGUUUCGAUGACAUCCUCUACGCCUUCCCGGUGCCGCGCUGGCGCCUGGCCGAGUGCUCGGCGCUGGCCCAGCGCCUCCAGGAAUUCCAGGUGCUCCUGGACAGCCCCCAGGGGCUGGAGCUGCUCCUCCAGAACCCCCUUCCCGACGGGAAGCGCUGGCUCGUCUGGCUCAAGCUGGACUGCGGGAAUGGCCGGGCCGGGAUCCGUCCCUCGGACCCCGAGGCUCUGGGCCUGGCCCGCGCCAUCGCCCUGGGCUCCCCGGAGCGGGUGACACUGGUGGGGGUCUACGCCCACUGCGGGAACACCUACGGCUGUCGCGACAUCCCCGCCAUCCAGGCCAUCGCCAGGGACACCACGGCCGCCGUGCUGGAAUUUGUCACCGCGCUGCGGCGGGAGGGGAUCCCGUGUCCCCAGGCCACCAUCGGCUCCACGCCGUCCUGCAGCCACCCGGUGCCGGAGAUGUCUCAGCUCACCGAGGUGCACCCGGGCAAUUACCUCUUCUACGACCUGCAGCAGACCCAGCUGGGCUCGUGCCGGCCCGAGGAGGUGGCGAUCCGUGUCCUCAGCAGGGUGAUCGGCCACUAUCGCCACCGCGGGCAGCUGCUGCUGGACUGCGGCUGGGCCGCCCUGAGCCUGCACGGCCGCGACCAGGGACCCCCGGGCUGUGCUGCCAUCGAGGGCCACCCCCAGCUCCGGUUGGUGGGGCUGACCCAGGAGCACGGGCAGGUGGAGGCUGUGGAUGGGGAGCUGGAUUUCGAGCAAUUCCCGCUGGGAAGCACCUUGGCGCUCAUCCCGUUCCAUGCCUGUGCCACAGCCGCCAUGCACCCCGUGUACUUCGUGCACUCUGCCGGGAAGGUUGUGGAGCUCUGGCACCCCGUGCGCGGCUGGUAAAGAGGAGAGAGAGGAGAUUCCGGGGAGCGAACACACACCCAGACCCCGCACCGGGACCCGGGACCCGGACCCUGCACCCAGACCCUGCACCCACUCCAAGUCACUCUGUGCACCCACGCUGGGGUCCCACAGCCCCGCUGGGGUCCCGCACCCACAUCUAAACCCUGCACCCAUGGCCAGGUCCUGCAUCCACACGGGAUGCUGCACUCCCUCCAAGACCCUGCACCCAUCCCUGCAUCCU